GCUGCCUUCUCCGCCCGCGCCUCUCUCGGCCGGGGACCGCGGGGAUCCCCGGCCACACACGCGCGCGCGCUCUCACACUCACACACACACACACAUGCACACUCGCCCUCACACACCAGCCUGAAGCGGAGCUGCGGAGAAGGUGCGCGGGCGUGCUCAGAGGACCGGGCAGCUGCCAUCCGGAGUGGGGCAGGAGGCUGAGACUCCGAGAGCUUGGCCGAGAGUCACGGCCGCAGCCAUCGGCCCUGGAGAUGACCAGGAGCGGCCACCGCUGAGAACUAUGUGGAGGGAGGCUGCGGGACCGCAAGUGGCGACUAUGGGAAGACUGGGCUACUGGACCUUGCUGGUGUUGCCGGCCCUACUGGUCUGGCGCGGUCCGGCGCGGUGCGCGGCGGCGGAGAAGGGUCCCCCCGCGCUGAACAUUGCGGUGCUGCUGGGUCACAGCCACGACGUGACGGAGCGGGAACUUCGAAACUUGUGGGGCCCGGAGCAGGCGACGGGGCUGCCCAUGGACGUGAACGUGGUAGCGCUGCUCAUGAACCGCACCGACCCCAAGAGCCUCAUCACGCACGUGUGCGACCUCAUGUCUGGGGCGCGCAUCCACGGCUUGGUGUUUGGGGACGACACUGACCAGGAGGCUGUGGCCCAGAUGCUGGAUUUUAUCUCUUCGCAGACUUUCAUCCCCAUCUUGGGCAUCCACGGGGGCGCAUCCAUGAUCAUGGCUGACAAGGAUCCAACGUCUACCUUCUUCCAGUUUGGAGCAUCCAUCCAACAGCAAGCCACGGUCAUGCUGAAGAUUAUGCAGGAUUAUGACUGGCAUGUCUUCUCCCUGGUGACCACCAUCUUUCCUGGCUACAGGGACUUCAUCAGCUUCAUCAAGACAACAGUGGACAAUAGCUUUGUGGGCUGGGACAUGCAGAACGUGAUCACGCUGGACACCUCCUUUGAGGAUGCAAAGACCCAAGUCCAGCUGAAGAAGAUCCACUCUUCCGUCAUCUUGCUGUACUGCUCCAAAGAUGAGGCUGUCCUCAUACUGAGUGAGGCCCGCUCCCUUGGUCUCACCGGGUAUGAUUUCUUCUGGAUCGUCCCCAGCUUGGUCUCUGGGAACACGGAGCUCAUCCCCAAAGAGUUUCCAUCAGGACUCAUUUCAGUCUCCUAUGAUGACUGGGACUACAGCUUGGAGGCGAGAGUACGGGACGGCCUUGGCAUCCUAACCACUGCCGCAUCAUCCAUGUUGGAGAAGUACUCCUACAUCCCGGAGGCCAAGACCAGCUGCUACGGGCAGACGGAGAAGCCAGAGGCCCCUCUUCAUACUUUGCACCAAUUUAUGGUCAAUGUGACCUGGAAUGGCAAAGACUUGUCCUUUACUGAGGAAGGCUAUCAGGUGCACCCUAGGCUGGUGGUGAUCGUGCUGAACAAAGACCGGGAAUGGGAAAAGGUGGGCAAGUGGGAGAACCAGACCCUAAGCCUGAGGCACGCCGUGUGGCCAAGGUACAAGUCCUUCUUGGACUGUGAGCCAGACGACAACCAUCUCAGCAUUGUCACCUUGGAGGAAGCUCCUUUCGUCAUCGUGGAGGACAUAGACCCGUUGACCGAGACGUGUGUGAGGAACACUGUGCCAUGUCGGAAGUUUGUCAAGAUCAACAACUCAACCAAUGAGGGGAUGAACAUUAAAAAGUGCUGCAAAGGCUUCUGCAUCGACAUCCUGAAGAAGCUCUCGAGAACGGUGAAGUUCACCUACGACCUCUACCUGGUGACCAAUGGGAAGCAUGGCAAAAAGGUUAACAACGUGUGGAAUGGAAUGAUUGGUGAGGUGGUCUAUCAACGGGCAGUGAUGGCUGUGGGCUCGCUCACCAUCAACGAGGAGCGCUCUGAAGUGGUGGACUUCUCUGUGCCCUUUGUGGAGACAGGAAUCAGUGUCAUGGUUUCCAGGAGCAAUGGCACCGUUUCACCUUCUGCUUUUCUAGAACCAUUCAGCGCCUCCGUCUGGGUGAUGAUGUUUGUAAUGCUGCUCAUUGUCUCUGCCAUAGCUGUUUUUGUCUUUGAAUACUUCAGUCCUGUUGGAUACAACAGAAACUUAGCCAAAGGGAAAGCACCACACGGGCCUUCUUUCACGAUCGGGAAAGCUAUAUGGCUCCUCUGGGGCCUGGUGUUCAACAACUCCGUGCCUGUCCAGAACCCCAAAGGCACAACCAGCAAGAUCAUGGUGUCUGUGUGGGCCUUCUUCGCCGUCAUUUUCCUGGCCAGCUACACGGCCAAUCUGGCCGCUUUCAUGAUCCAGGAGGAAUUUGUGGACCAAGUGACUGGCCUCAGUGACAAAAAGUUUCAGAGACCUCACGACUAUUCCCCGCCUUUCCGCUUUGGAACGGUACCUAACGGGAGCACAGAGAGGAACAUUCGGAAUAACUACCCCUACAUGCAUCAGUACAUGACCAAAUUUAAUCAGAAGGGAGUGGAGGACGCCUUGGUCAGCUUGAAAACAGGGAAGUUGGACGCUUUCAUCUAUGAUGCAGCAGUCUUGAACUACAAGGCCGGGAGGGAUGAAGGCUGCAAGCUGGUGACCAUUGGGAGCGGGUACAUCUUUGCCACCACUGGUUAUGGAAUCGCCCUCCAGAAGGGUUCACCUUGGAAGAGGCAGAUUGACCUGGCUCUGCUGCAGUUUGUGGGUGAUGGUGAGAUGGAGGAGCUGGAGACCCUGUGGCUCACCGGCAUCUGCCACAACGAGAAGAACGAAGUGAUGAGCAGCCAGCUGGACAUCGACAACAUGGCAGGUGUGUUCUACAUGCUGGCGGCGGCCAUGGCCCUCAGCCUGCUCACAUUCAUCUGGGAGCACCUCUUCUACUGGAAGCUGCGCUUCUGCUUCACGGGCGUGUGCUCCGACCGGCCCGGCCUCCUCUUCUCCAUCAGCAGGGGCAUCUACAGUUGUAUUCAUGGAGUGCACAUUGAAGAAAAGAAGACGUCUCCAGACUUUAAUCUAACUGGGUCCCAGAGCAACAUGCUAAAGCUCCUCCGGUCAGCCAAAAACAUUUCCAACAUGUCCAACCUGAACUCCUCAAGGAUGGACUCGCCGAAAAGAACUGCUGACUUCAUCCAAAGAGGCUCCCUCAUCAUGGAUAUGGUUUCAGACAAGGGGAAUUUGAUAUUUUCAGACAACAGGUCCUUCCAGGGGAAGGACAGCAUUUUUGGAGACAACAUGAAUGAACUUCAAACAUUUGUAGCCAAUAGGCACAAGGAUAACCUCAAUAACUAUGUGUUCCAGGGACAACAUCCUCUUACACUCAACGAGUCCAACCCCAACACAGUGGAGGUGGCUGUGAGCACAGAAUCCAAAGGGAACUCUAGACCCCGGCAGCUCUGGAAGAAAUCCAUGGAGUCUCUACGCCAAGAUUCUCUGAGCCAGAAUCCAGUCUCCCAGAGGGAUGAGGGGACAGCAGAGAACAGGACCCACUCCCUAAAGAGCCCCAGGUACCUUCCAGAAGAGGUGGCCCAUUCUGACAUUUCAGAAACUUCAAGUCGCGCCACAUGCCACAGGGAACCCAACAACAAUAAGAACCAUAAAACCAAGGACAACUUCAAAAGGUCAAUGGCCUCCAAGUACCCCAAGGACUGCAGCGAGGUGGAACACACCUACCUGAAAACCAAAGCCAGCUCUCCCAGGGACAAGAUCUACACCAUCGAUGGUGAGAAGGAGCCCAGUUUUCACUUAGAACCUCCCCAGUUUGUUGAAAAUAUAUCCCUCCCAGAGAACGUGGGCUUCCCAGAUCCCUACCAGGAUCAUGGUGAGAACUUUCGCAAGGGAGACUCCACACUGCCUGUGAACAGGACCCCCCUGCAUAAUGAAGACGGGCUUCCCAACAAUGACCAGUACAAGCUCUAUGCCAAGCACUUCACCUUGAAAGACAAGGGUUCCCCCCACAGCGAAGGCAGUGACCGUUACCGGCAGAACUCCACACACUGCCGAAGCUGCCUUUCCAACCUGCCCACCUACUCCGGCCACUUCACCAUGAGGUCUCCCUUCAAGUGUGAUGCCUGCCUGCGGAUGGGGAACCUCUAUGACAUUGAUGAAGACCAGAUGCUCCAGGAGACAGGGAACCCGGCCAGCCAGGAGGGGGUCUAUCAGCAAGACUGGGCACAGAACAAUGCACUCCAGCUCCAGAAGAACAAGCUGAGGAUUAACCGUCAGCAUUCCUAUGAUAACAUCCUCGACAAACCCAGGGAGAUGGACCUCAGCAAGCCUUCCCGGAGCAUAAGCCUCAAAGACAGGGAGAGGCUCCUGGAGGGCAACUUAUAUGGGAGCCUGUUUAGUGUCCCUGCAAGCAAACUCUCAGGGAACAAAAGCUCCCUUUUUCUCCAAGGUCUGGAGGACAGUAAGAGGAGCAAGUCUCUCUUGCCAGACCAUACCUCUGAUAACCCUUUCCUUCACUCCUACAGGGAUGAUCAACGCUUAGUUAUUGGGAGAUGCCCCUCAGACUCUUAUAAACACUCCUUGCCAUCACAGGCAGCGAAUGAUAGCUACCUUCGAUCGUCCUUGAGGUCAACAGCAUCAUACUGUUCUAGGGACAGUCGGGGCCACAGUGAUGUGUAUAUUUCAGAGCAUGUUAUGCCUUAUGCUGCAAAUAAGAAUAAUAUGUACUCUACCCCCAGGGUUUUAAAUUCCUGCAGCAAUAGACGUGUGUACAAGAAAAUGCCUAGUAUCGAAUCUGAUGUUUAAAAUCUUCCAUUAAUGUUUUAUCUUUAGGGAAACAUGUAAUUGCCAACAUUGUGGAGGGUAAAUGUUGGAUGUCCGAUAGUGCCCUGCUAAGAGGAAGAAGAUUUAGGGAGGUAUUUUUUGUUGGCUCUUUUGCACAUGGCUCCAUGCCAUAAUCUUCCACUCAAGGAGUCGUAUGAGAUUUGUGCUAUGACAGGCACCAGAUAGGUGAGUCCUUAACCUAAAACAAAUACAUGAAUAAGGGCAAGUCUCUGGGAUGUGCCAAAUAGGCAUGUUGGCAAUAAUGAUGCACUGGAUGUUGAUGGUGAUGUGAUGAUUUCCUAUAUGCCAAAUUCCAUUAAGAUCAGCCCACCAUGUAAUUUCUUCAUCCGAAAUGCCUAGUGGUUUCUCUAAUACAGAAUAAGCAAUAUGGUAUGCAUGUAAAUCUGACACAGACAAUAAAACAGUUAAGAAUGCAUCUGCACCGUAGUGAGAUUGACAUGUGCAAGAGAUUAGGAAGUUUGGCUUGUGAAAGUUCUCAGCUUUAUUGUUAUGCCUUCCACUCACAGCCCAGGCCCAACCCCAAGAAAUGCAGGCUCCCCCCAAAGAAUAGCAAAUCAAUGUGUUUGUGGUAUCUGUGUAUUCUUCAUUAUAGUCCAUUCCCAAGACACUUCUGGAACAAAAAGCCAGAGACACUCUCAGGCAGAGAGCUACAAGAAUCUCUUUGGAUGUUGAUGUGUGUGUUUCUCUCACUUUGGGCUUUGAUGGUCUCGUUCAGAGCUGCAUAAACUAACACAUGUCUUCGAUGUCUAAGUGUGGAUCUUCUGUCUAUGACACAGUGGCCAUUGUAUUUUAUCCUGAAGACUUCUCUGUACGUAAGUUUGCAUUUUCUCCCUUCUGGUGAUGACUCAGGGUUGUAUAGUAUCUGUUACCUCAUCCUUCCCAGAGUAACUGUAACUUGUUCAAUCCCCAAAUAGCCAUGAUGGCGUCUAAUUAGCUGUGUGUUGCUGUUCCCAGAGUUGUUAACGUGGUAACGCGUACCAACAGCCAUGCGUGUGCUGUGAUCUGUAAGAAGCGCCGUGCUAUCUGUCUGCCCAAAGCUAACAUGGUCCUUUAGGUUUAUCUUCCUUAAUGUCCUGAAACUCUCUUGGACACUCAUUUCCAGCCAACCUCCUCUGAUCAAAGGCCUUCAAAGCAUGAUACACUCAUGCACCUACCCUGAGCGCCCUCCAAACUGUGGAGAAACUUAGUGAGACAAGUGAUUUCUCUCUUCUGAAAUAUUCUUUCUAUUGGAAGAAAACGAUUUCGCCAGCACCAACAGAUAAUAUAAAAAAAUUCUCGAUGCAUUUAUCAUUUCUGAACCACUUACACCAUUCCGUUCUUAUUCUACUCCAACCUGUGCAUAUGUAACAAGAAUGAUAGUCAUUAUUUAAAACAGUUGGAGUGAGAGGGGGAAGAUUUAGGAAUGGUAAGAUUCUUAGCAUAGCAUCUCCCUAAAAUAAACAUUGUUGAAAAAAGGGUAGUUGUUAUGUUCUGAAGCUUUUCAGAUCAGGAUUUUCUAGUUUAAAAACUAAAUACCAUAAAACCAGCAAACAAUACUAAGUGAUCAUUUUAUGGCUCUACCACAUUAAUUGGUAUAGUUUAAAUACAUUAAUACUCUUGAAAUAAUUAGGCUAACUGACCAUUGGGUUUUAUAGAGGACCUCAGUCUGUUUGGGGCAUUCAGCAGAACCUCUAAGCUCAAGCAAGACAGCCUGGCCAUUUCCCAGUUUGUUUCCUGCGUUUUGUUUUGAGCUUUUGGAGAAGGAAACAAAAUGGCGGGCUGAAUGUUUACCUUGUGUCUUUUCCUGGUGUGUGUUCUGUUUUGUAAGUAGUAUUUUCCUGUAAGUGGGUAAGUGCCAGAGAUGUUUCUCUUAGAGCUGGAGAAUAUGUUGAAUGGCUCUCUCUGUCUUUGGAAAAGCGCACCUGACCCACAGUGUUUCUAUAAUGAUGAAAAGUGGUUGCAAUAAGUUUGAGAGUUCAUGGUGGAAUAGCACAGGGAAGCAAGGAGAGGGAGCAUCUUUCAAUCAUCUUUGGAAAGCGGAAGGGGUUGAAAUGAUGCUGGGGACCAGUGUGCUUAAAAAUGAUGUUAUUUCUUGUAUGCUGCCCUUUGCUGCUCCAAGACCCAGCAUCGGAGAAGGCUGGAUUGAUGGACCUUGAGCAGCCACCCCCAUUUCUGAUCUUAAAUUUAAGUUUCUGUGACUGUAUCUUCUCUUAGCUCUUUCUGCCUUUGCUUUCUCAUUACAUUCAUACCUGCAUCUUCCCUGCUAAGCUCACUUCCAUGUCCUCAUGAGACUAGAGUGUCUUAACAUGAAGUAAAUGAAAAAUGUCCCCAGCAUACAAAGCAAUGAUAGGGGAUCAAUUCAAAGAAGAUCUCUAUCUUCUUCUGGUGUCCUCAAAGACAAGAGGGCCACCAAAUGCCACAAAAUCUCUAGGGAGAUCGCAAUGACCAUUGGAUUGACUUCAUACAUGAAAAAGCCUGCUAAUAACAGCAUCACUUCCACCAUGAAUGCCAUAAGCAUCUUGAUAAAGAAUUUAAAGUGUGGUUUUUGGAAGAACUAAAAACAAGGUAGUAGAAAAGAUACACCUCUUUUAGCAUCCUCCACUAAAGCACUGGUUCAUAAAUGUGAUGAUUUUAAAAAGGCAAAUCAGAGGGUCAGUUUCCAAGUAAAGAAUAAUGAUGUGGAGCCAUUCAAAAGUAACCCGAAUCAGUUAAUUUUUGAAAAAGGGAUGUCCAAAAUAUAAAAUUCACUGGUAAAUGGCAUCUACAAUAAAGAAGGGUAAAGAAAUAAUUAUAAAGCUCUGAACUGUGGGCCCAUUACAAAGGACUCCUGUGAUACACUCCAGCUCUGAGAUCUUAGACUUGACACCAAAAGGCAAGAAUCUCUGAACCAAAAUGCCUGAGUUUUACUUGGCAUAAGUCAAAGUUGCAGCCACAGUGCUAUUUCACUAAUAAAUCCUUUCCCUACUUGGGAAGGAUCCAUGGUCCUCAAAUGGGCACACCUGGACUCAGCGGUCAGUUUUCUGUCCAUGGGUAAUAGCACACACAAUGUCCUAUUCAACUGUCCGUUUAAGGGAGGCUUCCAGCACAUGAACGCUACUCUGGGGAAUCAUCUUGCUCUGAAAAAUAGUUCGCAUAAUCUUUACAUCUCCUAGUUCUUAGGCCACAUCUGGAUCCACUUCUCCAAGUGGGCAAGUCCCCAGUGGAUCUAUCUUUCUUCCAGUGAGAUCUCCAGAAAUGAGAGGUUUUGAUCUCACCAGUCGUGACUCUCUGUCCUCUGCAAAUCUCCUUCCAUUAUUUCAGGUAGCACCACGACUGUCUUGUGGAUUACACUUGGGUUUCUCUUCCUUGUUUCAUAAGGUGCCUAAGAGAACUUAAUACUUAGCUUUUCUGACGAAAGCAUUAAAAUUCAUCCAUCGCAGCAGAAUCUGUCAAAUAAAUUCACACUUAUUUUCUGGGGAAAAAAAACUACACCUUGUUUACAAAUGAAAUCGUUUCAUUUAAAUGGGACUUUAGCCAAGGCAGUUAAUUAGUCAAAAGACCCAUGGUAGUCACACAGUCACACAUUGUUUAUUCUAUUUGAUAUGUCUACCGCUGAUGUGUAUUUAAUAUUCUGCAUCCUUCUCAGGAAAUGACAAAUGCCCUGAAUUCUUUGCAAAUAGAAUUGCUAAUGAGAAAGAAAAAGAAAGUUGGUGUUAAUUAAAUGGUGAUUAAAAAUUUAUCUCCUUUAAACCUAAAAAGUGCAGCUUUAAUAAUCGGUUGUCAUAUAAAUAAAUACCUUGCACUGAAAUCCCUUGCGGUUUAAGACCUAGAUAAAUACUAAUUUGAGAAACCUAAAUAUCUUUCAGAGGAGCUGAAUACACUCGUUAGCAUUAUGCACAUUCCUGUACUGUUUCUUUGUGCAGAGCUGUUGUGCAUGAACCCUUGGGAGGGGGACAUGAGUUGUUUCCCAGCGGGAGUUUGCUUGAAUUAACCAUCCCUGUAGUAGACAUAAUUGGACUUCAAGAAAAAGAAUUUCAGUACGUGGAAGCCAAAUGCAAUGGUUGAUAUUUAAUACAAGAUAGCAGUUCUAUGUAAAUGCGAUUUUCCUUCCCAAAGCAGUGUUUAUUUUCACGAGUCAGAAUUAGGCUUCUCUGAUAUUCUGUCUUCUUUUGGUAAACAGGGUUGAAAGUGGUUUUUGAGAGAUUAUGUGGGAUCUGUACUUGAAAAGUUCGCCCAGUAUGCAGCUUCCCUUCCCCGGUCCACUCCUUUAUAUUGUACUGUGUUCAUAAAUAAUUGUUUCAGAUGAGAUCAGCUUGCCACCUGAUGCAGAUCAAAGAUGAUCGAGUGCACUCAUCCUGUGAACACAGGUGCUUGUGUGUACGUGUAUAUGAUAUACGCACUUGAUUUCUGCAAUUCACACAGAAGUGUAUUAUCCAGACAAAGCUGUACAUAUUGUAAAGUUUAUGUUCAAAAAUUAAGUGGUAAUGAUUUUAUUGACACAUGGAAAACCCAUUCUAGUUAUUUCGAUGGUUUCUGUAGGGAAGACACUAUAUUUUUUUAAUCUCGAUUCAAGGGAAGAUAACAGAGCCCAAGUAGGACUUGGGUGUUGGUUGUCUUGGCUCCUUAAAAAACAGGAAUCUGGGUGACGGGUGUGGAAUUUGUGCUGCUCACAUUCACUUCUGAAGACAAUGCUAAUAGGGCUAUUUAUCAAAAGGCACAGAUUUCCUAUUUCAACUCUAUUCUCUUUCCCACUCUCAGAUGUGUAUGUUUUCUGCAUCUAGAAGUGCUCGCAGGGGAGUAUCAGCUACAGGUACCCGCCCAGGAGCAUUUCAGAAAAAAACAGGACUUGUAGAACUACACCAAGAUUUGGCGGAAAGAUGGGCGAUGAGAAAACGAAAUCUGCAAGGGGGCAAUAAUUUGUAUAAAGGUCAAUCAAGUGAGACAGCACCAGAGAUGGGGCAGGCACCAUAGACUUUCCGGUCUGGUUUCUUACCAUGUUAGCUAUCUCUCAGUUUCUUUCAGGAGGGCCUUUCUGAGUGCCUGCAGAAGAGUCAGAGAGAACCCCUGACCUGGCUCUCUUGGCCUCUUUUCCCUGUGCGGACCCAGGCAUGCCUUUUUUGAAUUUGGUUUCCCUCCAAGGUCCUUCAUAAUCUCUUGUUGUCUCAGAGAAGAAAAAACUUUUUUCUCAUUGAUCUUUCUCCCAGGAAGGAACAAUGAGAGAUAUAGAUUAAAAUUUCAAACCAAAGAUGAAAGCUGGCAACAAUCACUGAAAUCAUAGUUGUAUUUCCCAGGCACCAGGGUUGAACCGAGCAUUUUGAUCAGGUAAUUGCACUUACCUGAGUGCUCAGUCCUUUUGAAAUCCAGUUUGGGGUUAGGGAGUGUAAAGUGAAUAGAAAAUGCACUCUCUUUCUGUAAGGAGCUUCUGGUUUCGAAGUUUAAUUCCUUAAUACAAAAGAUAAUUAAAGACCAUAAAAGGCAAACGGACUAAACAGUAAAAAAUUAGAAAUGUCCAAUGAAACUGUUUCCAGGAAAUAAACACUAAUUUGAUUCCAUGAUCAAAUUUAGAAAAGAAAACAAGGCUCUCCUCAGACCAUUUUGUAACUCUGAAGAAUACAGUUGGUGCUCUUACAGAUGGCCUCGGCGUAUUUGAACCUUCAGAAAAGGUGCUUGGGGAACACAGAAGUGGCUAACAGAUGAACAAACUCACCCUUCUGAAUUUUUGCAUAGGCAGGCCUGGGUCUGCUUCUAACUGGUUCUCCAAACUUUACCAAAUCCUGCUUCUUCUUGGCUCUGCUUUAUGACAUGUGCUUCAAAAAAAGUUUUUAAAAAAUCCUGAAAUCUUUUUGCUUUGUUUUGUUUUUGUCUUGUGAAGAGCACUUUUGAUAGUUCGGGGUAUGGAUGGAUUGGAGGGUGGGUGGAUAGGGAGAACCUUUUAUCGAGUCCCAAGUGCCUACUGGUGUGGCUGGUGAAAGCAAGCAUCAGGUUCCCGAGAGAGAAAAUGGGGCAAGGAGAUGACUGAAGGAACCUAGGUGUACUUCAGAAGAGAUGGCAGAAUAGGAAGGGUGGAGAGGGAGCUUUUCUUUAUUCUGUCCAUCCCAUUCUGGGUAGUGCUGGAAGGUUAGAUUCUCUGCUCAUCGCAAGUACUUUGCAUAUAUCAGCACCUGAGUCUGAAAAUAUAUAUAAAAAAAUACAUCUACAUUGAGUAUAGACUAGCCUAGAACACAGUCCUCAAAAUAACAAGAUAUAAAUAUGAUUGCUCCCAUUUCACAGGUAAGGAAACUGAGGUGUAAGUACUCAGCCUCAUCAGAAACAAGAAAUAGCUAAUAGACCUCUUAGCUUAGAUAUAUUCUUGAAGUGCCUGACCUCCUCGAGGGAGGUCAGAAUAGAAAUGAGAGAGACAGAGGGGCCGGGGGAGAGGCUUUUUGAGUUUUGAGGUCCCCGGGCUUUCUCUUAAGUGCCAGCACCUGUGAUGAGGAGGGUUGCAAUUGUGCUGCCCUUGCUGUCUGGUUGGGGUAGGUUAGGAACUGCUGGGGACCUCAUCUCUCUUCAGAGUUCCCCCAGAGACACGUAUGCUGCCGGUGUCUCUCCUCCUUCAUACGCUUGCACUCAGCAAUUUUUUUUUCUUUUUGCUUCCUGGGGAGUUAUUUUCAUUGCUUAGCAUGUGCCUAAUCCUAAAUAUCUCUUUCCUAAUCUCUCUUCUUUUUACCAGUUGAAAUCAGGGCUAAUUCCAUUAAGCAUGUGUACAUAGUGUGCUCUCCUACGUGUGUGAGGACACACACACACACACACACACACACACACACACUGCCUUGUGGCCCUCCG